AUGGGAGAGAAACCAUAUAAAUGCUCAGUAUGUGAGGAGAACUUCAAUCAAAUCCUGUAUCCUAGACACUGCAGAUGUCACAUGGAAGAGAGCAAGUAUCUGUGUGCAUCCCGUAUUGGUGAGAAUCCAUAUGGGUGCGCAGAGCCCGAAUCAGUGCACAAACUAAGCUUCGACCCACAGCAGCCUCUUAAGCAUCUGAGAAUCCACAAGGAGAAACCCACUGUUGGAGAAAGUUCCUCUUCUCGGGUAAGAUCCAGAAGACCUUGGCAGAGACGUGCUGAUGAGAAUCCCCACCAGUGCGCUGAUUGUGGGAAAAGCUUCCAUUAUAGGUCACAGCUGAUUAGGCAUCAGAGGGUGCACACUGGAGAAAAACCCUAUCAUUGUGCAGACUGUGGGAAAUGCUUCAGCCAGCGCUCGCACUUCAAUGACCAUCAGAAAUCCCACAAGGGAGAGAAUCCAUACAGAUGCUCAGACUGUGAGAAGAGCUUCAGCUAUGUAUCACAGUUGCUCAUACACCAGAGAUCCCACACGGGAGAAAAACCGUUUCCCUGCCUGGAUUGUAGUCGGCGUUUCAGUCGGAAAGCGCACCUCCUUCGGCAUCAGAGAAAUAUCCAUGCAUCCGUACAGCCAGCACAGUCUGAGUCUAAACAGUUUGUGACUCGCCAAGCUAAACACAGCACCCUGGGAAUGUAG